AUGCCCUAUUCAUGUCUAAUUCUUCAACAUGUUGAUGGAUUUCUUUUUGCUGGUCUUUUCAACGCAAACGCUAAAGAUGUGCGAGUUGUUAGAGCAAGAGCGAACUUGGCCGAUCUGAAGAGCCUCCAAGACGAAAAAGAAUACAACCCAAAGCCUGAAGAGAAAAAGUCAUUAGUCAAACCUGCCGAUGCAUCCGCUCCCGCAGACGAGAAUAAGGCCGAAGAUGAAAAGAAAGAUGAGAACGAGAAUUAUAAAGACGAAUAUGAUGAAGAAGAGAACAGUUUGGAUCUUGAGCGAGAUCCAGUCGUCAUUAUAGCGGAGAGUUACCUCAACUCCGUUGCCCUGCUUUCGCUUUCUGGAGUUUCUUCUUUAAUCCACAACCAGUGGAGUUCCGACCAGGAAUCAAACGAAUGGAGAUUGAAGGUAAUCGUCAAUAGAAUGAGCUCAGGCACCUCUCCUGUCGACUGCAUUCUCCACAUUCGAAAUCCAUCUUUGAAACAAGUCAAAGAAGUCAAGAAGCCUGCGAAGAAGGAAAAGAACAUGCCAAGUCCUUAA